AUGCGGUACAACAUUGUCUUGCAGGGAAAGAUUGUGGAUUAUCUGGCUGAUGGUGUGCGCGUCGCUUAUGAAAAUGAGUACGAUUGCUAUCUCCCGUCUUCCGGCGUGUAUGCGACACAAAAAGUGCCCUUUAAGAAUCUUCGCACUCCGACCCAGGCAGAGGCUGAUUUCAAGCCCACCCUCGAUGCGCCCGUGGAUGUCUUUCAUCGAUUUGGCAACAACGGCACCCCAGCUUGGUAUCGAGGCAAGGUGGUCAAGGUACUGACUGAAUGUAUCAAGGUCAACUUUGAGGGGUGGGACUCCAGCCACGAUGCUCUCAUCGAACUGGACAAGAUUCGCCCUGCCGCCACGGCCUCGAUGUCAGAUGUGGACAUCAGCUCCUUCCAGCGUCAUGCAACCCUGGUGGCCGUUGUUCCCAAGCCUGAGCAAGGCACCAUCGUGCUUGUCGGCGAUGACAAGGCACAGCAAUUGGCCGCCAUUCUGCUGCCCCAACUCAAGACGAAGAUGGAGCGACAGCUCUCCUUCCGACAAGAACGAGAGCAGCUGGAAAGCCUGAAGGAGCAACGCAAGGCCCCAAAAACACACAAACAGCUUUUUCUCUUGAAGGACCUCGUGGGCCUGGCAAUCGGCGCGACUCUUCAAUUGGCAGAAGACAUGCGCUUCCCCAUCAGUGCUCACGCCACCUCGACCGCACUCCCGUUGAAUCUCACCAGGAGCCUGAUGGGCGGCUUUAUUGGUAAAUCGGGUGAGAAUAUCCGUCGAAUUGAAGAAAAUUCUGGCAUUGUUCGCGCGACGCUCUUUGAGCGAGGCGUGCGCUUUACCGGCCGCAAGGAGGCGUGCGAGACGGCUCGCGUCAUGGCUGAGUUCAGCCUGGAAGCAUUGCGAAGCCAAAUGGAUGACUUGCGUGAGGUGCGCGAGCUACGCCGCGCACUGGGCGUGACUCGUGGCCGUGGCACCGGUCGUGGUGCGGGUCGUGGCAGCGGCCGUGGUGCGGGCCGUGGGCGCGAUAAUCAUGAUCGUAAUGGUGCAGGCCCAGCUGUUGAGGCCGAAGCCCCCUCCCCUGAGGCUGAUACGCCUCCAACACAAAUGGGCGGUGAGCGCGGCCGAGGUCGUGGUCGUGGCCGCGGCCGCGGCCGCGGUCGUGGCCGCGAAGGCCGGGGCCAGUCAGCCGAAGGCGCCCCCGCCGACCCCGCACCAGCUCCUGCUGCGUCUGAUGCCUCGACCAAGAGCGAAAAGCCCCGUAACAAGAAGAAGGGUGGCAAUGGCGCCAAAGCCAGUGAUGCCGAGGCCUCGGAAGACGCGCGCCGCGCUGCUCUGCCCGGUAGCGCCUCCAAGACAAGCAAGAAUGACCGCCGCCGUCGCGAGCCCAAGAGUAUGUUUGCAGUCAUGAUAGAGCAGCGGCCGUUAAACCCAGCAAGGAUGGUGAGGGCUGUGCGCUUGAGAAUGCUGGGCUGGCUGGUUCAUCCCAAAUUUGCUUGGUGUUUUUGCAUAAUAUGCAGAGGAUGUGACUGA